CUGAGAGCAAACAGAAAGACUUAUAUACCUUUAAGGUAGUGAACAGCAGAGGGAAGCUGGUGUCCCUGGAGAAGUACCGGGGUUCGAUUGACUAACACAGCGCGUCUCUGCUGCGGAUCAGUCAGACUGCUGCCUGCUCGGGAUGUCCGCUCUUGUAGACCCGGUAGCCUACGUGGCAACAGGGCCUGCAGAGCGCCUACAGCAGCAGGAUCUCCGUAAUUUUCAUUCACAGAGGGAUACAGAAUCAGUACUUGGUGACGGGAUCGUCCUGAAUGCAUGCAGAGCUGAACCAUGAAGCUGUACCACGUAUUAACCUGCACUAACAUGGUUUCUCUGGUGGUGAAUGUGGCGAGUGAAUGUGGCUUCACUGAAGAGCACUACAAAGACCUGCAGCAGCUCCAGCGGGACUUUGGCCCGUAUCACUUCAACGUUCUGGCCUUCCCCUGCAACCAGUUUGGGCAGCAGGAGCCGGGCAGCGACAGGGAGAUCGACAACUUUGUGCGAAGAGUCUACGGCGUCUCCUUUCCUCUCUUCAGUAAAAUAGCUGUGGUUGGAACAGGAGCCAACAAUGUGUACAAGUACCUCGCUGAGGCAUCUGGGAAGGAGCCUGACUGGAAUUUCUGGAAGUACCUUGUUGAUGUAAACGGGGAAGUGGUUGACGCGUGGGGACCGAAAGUUUCCAUCAAAGAAAUCCGACCCAAAAUAGCUGAAAUGGUUCGGCAGAUCAUCUUAAAGAAGAAAGAAGAGCUUUAACCCUUUUUGCUGCUCCGUGUACAUGAGCUGAUGUCAUAAACUGAACUCAGUUGCUUGUAGAAUCUGACUUUGUUAGAUUAAAUAGUUGAAUUCACCAAACAAAAGCAACCUCUCCAGUUUUUUGAGAGCACUGAUGAACCACCACAAUCCCUUGUAUCAGCUGAAGCAGCAGCCUGAAACCAGAGAUUUUUUUUAUUCAUUCUGAUUUGUGAAAUAAAGUUUUACUGUGAU